CACAAACUCAACUCAAUUUUCUCUUUCCCUCUCUACUCUCUCUGUAUCUUCUUCUUCUUUUCAUUAUUUUUGAAUUUCUUCCAUCCUCUCUCUCUCUUUCCCAUAUCCUCCACUCUUCCAUUUCAAUUUCCAAUUCCAUUUUUUUUAUGGACUUUUCAACUUCUCUCCAAUUCAGUCCUCCAGGUUGACAAUUAUUUAGAAAAAACAAAAAUGCGUUUACUGAUACUAUUUCAAUUGUGAAGGAGGCUUUGAUUUUGUUUUAAUAAUAAAUGAUUCUGCAAUCGCCUUCCUCUUCUGCGAGUUUCAAUUUCUCGCAGAAGACAAUUAUUAUCCCUCAACUUUGUCCAUGUCAAACUUUCACUAAUCAAAUUCUAAACUUUCCUUUCUCCAAACGAAGAAGAAAAAAGAAUUUCUCCAGAAUAUUCAGUUUUCGCGCGUGUUUAAUCCCCGCUGAUAGCAGUAGCAGUAGUUUGAGUGUUGAAUUCGCCAAUUCAACGAGACGAGGCACCAGAAACUAUGUGGCUAAACAAAUUUCAGACGAAUUGAAGUCAGAAGAAACUUCCUCAACCAUCCAAAUGGGUUCAAAUUUCACCAAUUUUCAAGAAGAUCCUAUUGUGAAUAAACUAAGAACUCAAUUAGGAGUAAUUCAUCCAAUUCCAUCGCCUCCAAUUAAUCGAAACAUAGUCGGUUUAUUUGUUUUCUUUUUCUUUGUUGGGGUAAUUUUCGAUAAAGUGUGGACUUCAAGAAAGAGGAACAACAAAUUGAGAAAUGAUGAGAAGCUUCGUGGUGGGGCAUGGCCUCAGGUUCCUACUAGCUUUUCGUUGUUUUUGGAGAAGGAUUUGAUGAGAAAAGAAUCGGUGGAAUGGGUGAACAUGGUGUUGGGAAAGUUGUGGAAGGUUUAUAGAGGUGGUAUUGAGAAUUGGAUAAUCGGGUUGUUGCAGCCAGUUAUUGAUAAUUUAAAGAAGCCUGAUUAUGUUGAAAGAGUUGAGAUUAAGCAGUUCUCAUUAGGAGAUGAGCCAUUGUCUGUCAGAAAUGUUGAGCGUAGGACUUCACGUCGUGUUAAUGAUUUGCAGUACCAAAUAGGCCUUCGUUAUACUGGUGGUGCUCGCAUGCUGUUAAUGCUUUCUCUAAAAUUUGGUAUUAUCCCCAUUGCUGUGCCGGUUGGUGUGCGGGAUUUUGACAUCGAUGGGGAACUAUGGGUUAAACUGCGAUUGAUACCAACAGAGCCUUGGGUGGGAGCUGUUUCAUGGGCUUUUGUUUCGCUUCCCAAGAUCAAAUUUGAGUUGUCACCAUUCCGCUUGUUUAAUUUAAUGGCAAUUCCUGUUCUGUCAAUGUUUUUGACUAAACUGCUCACAGAGGAUUUGCCUCGAUUAUUUGUACGUCCAAAGAAGAUUGUUUUAGAUUUCCAGAAAGGAAAAGCAGUUGGCCCUGUUCCUAAUGAUCUCAAAUCAGGAGAAAUGCAAGAAGGCAACAAGGAUUUUGUUGGAGAACUAUCAGUGACCCUUGUUGAUGCUCGGAAACUUUUUUAUGUUUACGGCAAAACAGAUCCAUAUGUUGUUCUGAGCUUGGGUGAUCAAAUUAUACGCAGUAAAAAGAACAGUCAGACAACUGUCAUUGGGUCACCUGGUGAGCCAAUAUGGAACCAGGAUUUUCAUUUGCUUGUUGCAAACCCUAGAAAACAAAAAUUAUACGUCCAAGUGAAGGAUUCUCUUGGUUUUACAGAUUGGACAAUCGGUACAGGAGAGGUUGAUCUGGGCUCUCUUCAAGACACUGUACCAACAGACAGAAUUGUGGUUCUGCGAGGAGGUUGGGGAUUGUUCGGCAGGGGGUCUUCCGGAGAGUUAUUACUUCGACUUACAUAUAAAGCAUAUGUUGAGGAUGAAGAAGAUGACACAACUGGAGCAGUAUCCAUUGAUGCAGAUGCGUCAGAUGAUGAUGAGUUCUCUGAUUCUGAUGAUUUAGAUGCUUCUUAUGUGCCAGGUGAAAGAGAUUUUUCAAAGGAAACCGAUAAGGAGUCAUUUAUGGAUGUUCUAGCCGCUUUGAUUGUGAGUGAGGAAUUUCAAGGAAUAGUUUCAUCUGAAACUGGAAAUAACAAAACUUUGGAUGAUACCUCAAGGAAAGGGUCUACGAUAUUGAGGUCACGUGGUCCUAAUGCUGAAUCUGUGACAUCAGAUUCAGAUGCAGCUUCUGGAGGAUCGUCUCUACUUUGGCUUGCUGUAGUAACAAGUAUAUUAGUGCUAAUUGCUAUCAAUAUGAGUGGCGCAAGUUUCUUCAAUCCUUGAAAUGACCUGUGCUUUUUUCUUGCACUUCCGUUUGGCCAAGCUUGGACGGUACAAACUCAGUACUCAAGAGAGAUGGCUCACAUCGUGGAUUCUAUUUUUCUUGUUACUGGUGUUUCAUGAUGUGGAUUUAUAAUUUUCGGCAGAGGAAUGUAGUAUCGGCGGCAGGGAUUUUUUGGGAUCAAAUCCCACAUACAUCAAAAUUUGGAAAUUCAUGGUUGG